AACGCCCAGCCCCUUAAACCGCUGUUGGCUGGAGCCGCCUCCCUCCCUGCAGCCCGCGGCGAGGAUGGAGUGAAGGGAGACCCGCAACCUCCCCGCAGGGAUCAGUGAUGGAGUUAAAGCAAUCUUUGUCCACCCACUUGGAAGCUGAGAAGCCUCUGAAACGCUAUGGAGCGGUGGAGGAGACAGCAUGGAAAGCGGAGGGACUGGGGAGAAGUCAGCUGGACAUCAUCUCUAUGGCAGAGACGACCAUGAUGCCGGAGGAGAUCGAGCUGGAGAUGGCGAAGAUCCACCGUCUCCGGGAAGUCUUGGUCCGCCGCGAGUCUGAACUCAGGUUCAUGAUGGACGACAUCCAGCUCUGCAAGGACAUCAUGGACCUGAAGCAGGAGCUGCAGAACUUGGUCGCCAUCCCAGAAAAAGAAAAAACUAAGAUGCAGAAGCAAAGAGAGGACGAGCUCAUCCAGAAGAUCCACAAACUGGUCCAGAAGAGGGACUUCCUGGUGGACGACGCCGAGGUCGAGAGGUUAAGGGAGCAAGAAGAAGACAAGGAAAUGGCUGAUUUCCUGCGAAUCAAGUUAAAAUCUCUAGACAAAGUAACCAAAUCUCCAGCCAGCUCCCGGGCAGAGAAGAAAGCAGAGCCCCCACCUAGCAAGCCCAUGGUGGCCAAGACGGGGCUGGCACUCAUCAAGGAUUGCUGCGGGGCCACUCAGUGCAACAUCAUGUAGCCCCCAAGUGGAGUGUGCCCUCGGAGCCACGGGGACCCCCUCCCACCCUCUUGUCUUCAUAGACCCCGUUUCACUGGGGCCCAAGAACUCUCCAAGGCAGAAGGGGUUGAAGACAAGCCUGUGACUGCCACUAGGGGCCGUGGGCGUGGCAGGCGGGCCCAGCCGCCCUGUACAGAGUGUAGCAAUAGGGAGUCCUUCACUGUCGCAUGGCCCUCCCCAGAGCAUGCCGAACCCAGGAGUCUGUGUCACUGUUUAUCCAACCACCAAGGAAAGGUCCUCCCUUGAAAAUGUGUAUCUCCACUUCUAUCUAGCUGUAUCUAACCCACUGUGCGGAGAGGGGCACACUGCCCAGGGGUGUAUAGUUGUGACCUCUCAACAAGCUAGCACCAUGUUGGACACAUUCCCCAUCCACCCUCCUAGCUCUACUGUCUGGACAGCUAGCCUUCAGUGGGCACAGCUCCUGUUCCCUGUGUGUCCCCUCGCAGGACUUGGGUCUGGAAAGCCCACAUGACCCAUGCAUCUCU